AAAAAAAAAAGAGUCCAUAAACCAACAAAGACUGGACAAGCCAAGCACGUGACCUGCCAAAAAAAUUUCUUUAUUUUUUUGCUUUUUGAUUUGCUUUUUGGACCUAAAGACAUACCAUUGUUCUCUCUGAAUCAAUCACACGCACAUCCCUUCAGUCCAAAUCACUGAAUAUAAAGCAAAUUUUUUGCUUCCCCAAAAAAUACAACUAGCUUUUCACAUUAAAUACAUUUAAAAAAAUUAAAUAUUGUACAUAAAAUGCAUUUUUUCUUUUCAAAUUACACUGUCCACAUCUGUAUCUGUGAGGCCUUGGCUUUAUGUUUUGGACCUUUUUGCAGCAUGUUUGUAUCUAUCUGGUAAAUAUAUACUAUUGAAAUGUGUGAAUUAUGGCUGAAGAUAGAGGUUUUCAGUGUUAUGCUGUUCUUGAAAAACAAGUAGGAUUUUUGUGAAGAAUCAGGGGAUAAGCAGUAGAGAUUUGUUUAUUUAUUUUACUCUUUUGCAAAGACAGAUGGAAUUUUCGAGGAUCAGUUAAAACUGCGUGGAAUUCACAUACAAACGCAAUUCCUUGUUUUCAAGAAAAUGCCUCUCAUUUUCUUGGUUUCACUUCAUCCCAAGUUUGUGAAGGGCAAGUAAUCUGCUCCGUUUGGUUCAAGACAGCAACUUUAUCAUCUGGGCCUUUUGUUUUUUUGGAUUCUUGCCUAAAGUUGGCCCAUUUCUUGGAGAUUCAGUGAGAAGAUUGUGGUUGUUGGGGAUUUUAACUGGGGGUAAAGAGGAAAUCUUUGUUUGGUGAUGGUGGAUUUGGGGCUACUUUAUUUGGUAUGAGCUGUUUGGAUGAGAAUAGAGCAUUGUGUGUGGAUUGCGUGAAUUGAGGUGAGAAUCAUUUGGUCUAUGAAGGGUAUGGGAAUUAUGCAGAGAAGGUGAAAUUGGUGGAGUGAGUGCUGUUUAGCAGAGUAUGGAAAGAGGAAAAUUCCUGCUCUGGCAAGUGGGAUUGCUGGUUUUGGCAAUAAUUGAGGCUUCUCAUUCAACUCUAUCUCCUUCUGGUGUAAAUUAUGAAGUUGUUGCUUUAAUCGCGAUAAAGAAUGACUUACACGAUCCUUACAAUGUGCUGGAGAAUUGGGAUGCUAAUUCUGUUGAUCCUUGUAGUUGGAGAAUGGUUACUUGUGCCCAAGAUGGUUAUGUCUCUGCUCUAGGACUACCUAGCCUUAGCUUGUCUGGAACUCUGUCGCCGGGAAUAGCGAACCUCACUAACUUGCAAUCUGUGUUACUGCAAAACAAUGGAAUCACUGGUACUAUUCCGGCUGUCAUUGGGAAGUUAGAAAAGCUUCAAACGCUUGACCUCUCCAAUAACAAGCUAACCGGUGAAAUUCCCAUUUCUCUGGGGGAUUUAAAGAACUUGAACUACCUGCGGCUUAAUAAUAACAGCCUUACCGGACCCAUUCCUGACUCUCUGACCAAAGUCGAGAGCCUCACCCUUGUGGAUCUUUCCUUCAAUAAUUUCAGUGGCUCGUUGCCCAAAAUACCAGCUAGAACGUUUAAAAUAGUUGGGAAUCCUCUCAUUUGUGGACAGACUUCUCAAAACAAUUGUUCUGUUGUCUAUCCAGAACCAUUGUCCUUCCCACCAGAUGCUGCUAAAGAUCAACCAGACUCUGGAGCAAAACAUCAUGUUGCAGUUGCUUUCGGAGCAAGCUUUGGUGGUGCCUUUUCAAUCAUUGUCGUUGUUGGAUUGAUUUUCUGGUGGCGAUACAGGCGCAAUCAGCAGAUAUUCUUUGAUGUUAAUGAGCAAUACGACCCCGAGGUACGCUUGGGGCAUUUGAGAAGGUAUACUUUCAAGGAACUCAGGGUCGCAACUGAUCAUUUCAACGCGAAGAAUAUAUUGGGGAAAGGAGGAUUCGGUGUUGUAUACAAGGGUCGUUUGAACAACGGGACUGUAGUGGCCGUGAAAAGGAUAAAAGAUUACAAUGCUGUUGGUGGAGAGAUACAAUUCCAGACAGAGGUAGAGUUGAUCAGUUUGGCCGUUCACAGAAAUCUCCUCCGACUUUGGGGGUUCUGUUCAACUGAAAGUGAGCGGCUUCUAAUCUAUCCUUACAUGCCAAAUGGCAGCGUCGCAUCCAGACUGAAAGACCAUGUCCAUGGGAGGCCCGUACUGGACUGGUCGAGGCGGAAGAGGAUAGCGCUGGGCACUGCACGCGGCCUGGUGUAUCUGCACGAGCAGUGUGACCCCAAAGUCAUCCAUCGUGAUGUCAAAGCAGCCAACAUUCUGUUGGAUGAAGACUUUGAGGCAGUGGUUGGCGACUUUGGUUUGGCAAAGCUCUUGGACCACCGCGAUUCUCAUGUCACCACAGCUGUCCGCGGCACUGUUGGUCACAUAGCGCCUGAGUAUCUAUCAACGGGCCAAUCAUCUGAGAAGACUGAUGUCUUCGGGUUUGGAAUCCUACUGCUCGAGCUAAUCACAGGACAGAAAGCUGUCGACUUUGGGCGGGGAAACAACCAGAAAGGGGUUAUACUAGACUGGGUGAAGAAACUCCACCAAGAAGGGAAGCUGAGCAUUAUGGCAGACAAAGAUCUAAAGAGUGACUAUGACAGAAUGGAGCUCGAAGAAAUGGUUCAGGUGGCACUUCUCUGCACUCAGUUCAAUCCGUUGCAUCGGCCUAAAAUGUCGGAGGUUUUGAGAAUGCUGGAAGGUGACGGCCUAGCAGAGAAGUGGGAACAAUCACAGAACAACGAGACCCCUAGAUACCGAUCAUUUGAACAACCUAUUCAAAGAUAUUCGGACUUCAUAGAGGAAUCCUCCCUCGUAGUUGAGGCUAUGGAGCUCUCCGGCCCAAGGUAGCAUCUUUUUCAUCAGCUUCGUUUGUCUCCAUUAUUAUUAAGCUAAAAGCUUUAAUGAUUUGCCAUUCACUGCUGUCUAUAGUUUGUUUGGACCUCUGUAUUUGCAUCACCUGUAUAAAAGAAAGAAAGGUCAUGUACAUUUAGUUGUUUGUUCAAAGUCUUAGAUUCAUUGAGCUCGCUCCCAA